UUAAACAUUGCAGCACGAAAGAAGACCGAGGGCAGGAAUCGAGUUCUUUCAACCAUUAUAGCCGACAACAUAUUAUAGCAAUUAUAUAACAUUUUUUCUGUUUCCUUCCAACUUUCAGGUGGCUUCCGCACGAUCAGGCAGAGCUUAAGCUUUGUUCAUCCGCGGCUUUGUUCAUGUGACAAGCGAAAAUAAUGAGCACAAAUCGGAAGCAGGAAGCAGCAACGAAAGUAAAACUGCUUAAGUAAAUACUCGUAACUGUGAUAAGACCAAAGAAAGCACAGCGGAUCACAAGUUGCGUAAUUACGAGCCAUCGUCCAGUGAUUUUGCGCGCAAUAAAUGUCAACGUGGCAACAAGGAAAGUAAUCACAACUAUUUGCUAAACCCAAGCACCCAGCAAACCAUCUCACAAAAUGGCUCACCCAAGGAAGGCAGUUGCGCCACCAGCAACACUUAAACUUGCCCCACCAGCACAAACAGCACAAAGCCCGGCAACAACAUUACUGCGCAGCAGAAGAGCCUCAAGUUCAAGGCGGUCAUCGUUAAUCAGAUGUUUUAUAUCCUGCCACACGUUCAGCUUGUUUCUGCUGCUCCUCCUUUUGGCCAGCGGAGUCCGGGCUGCCAGCAAGCUGGCCACUCGGAGCAACAAAACAUCGGGCCUAUCGGCAGCAUCGGUAGUGGGAGUCGGAGCCGGAACUGGAACAGCGGCAACUUCGGCAGCGGCGGCGGCAGCGUCAGGAACACCCAUUUGGGAUCAUGCCAUCGAUUUGAAUGAGGAUUUUCGUAUACUAUGGCAAAUCAUUAAUCAGGAUAUAACAUUUGAAAUACAGGCACGUACCCUGGGCUACGUCGGGUUCGGAUUCUCGCCCGAUGGCAAUCUGGCUGGUGCCGAUAUGGCCAUCGGCUGGGUGGACAAGGGUCAAACCUAUUUUCAGGAUCGACACGUCACACGGAAUGGAGACCCCGAGCCGGUGGUGGAUCCCUCGCAGGAUUAUAUGCUGAUGCUGGGCUACGAGAACGCGACGCACACGGUCCUCCGCUUCCGGCGCAAACUGGACACAUGUGACCCCAGCCACGACAUCGCCAUCACGAACGACACGAUGCGCCUGCUGUACAUGUACCACGCCCAGGAUCCGCCGCACGGCUCGGUGCGUCCUGGCACCCUUCCGGAUCCGGCCCGCGCCUUCCGCCCCUACCGCCCCAUGGUCCUCAUGCAGCGCGCCCAGCUGCCGAUGCCCUCACCCACGCACGACGAGCGCGUGCGAGUCCUCGAGCUGCGCAACGAGGAUGUGGAGCUGCCCGCCGGCGACCUUCCGCUCUUCUGGUGCAAGAUGUUUAAGCUUGAGGACAUCAAUCGCAAGCACCACCUGAUCCGGUACGAGCCGAUUUAUGAUUCAUCGUCCAGCGUGCACUACUUGCAGCACAUAACGCUGCACGAGUGCCAGGGUGCCCACGCGGAGCUGGAGGAGAUGGCACGCGAGCAGGGCCGCCCGUGCCUCGGAGCCCGAUCCAUUCCGCUGGCGUGCAACGCCAUCGUGGCCUCCUGGUCGCGCGGCAGCGAGGGCUUUACUUAUCCACAUGAGGCCGGCUACCCGAUCGAGUCGCGGCAGGCGAAAUAUUAUUUAAUGGAGACCCAUUACAACAAUUUGAAGCCCGACUUUGCCCAGCUGCACGCCAGACAAAUGGCGGAUAAUUCGGGUUUGAAAAUCUACUUUACGCACGUCCUGCGACCUAACGAUGCUGGCAUACUGUCAAUCGGAAUGGACCCCAACUGGCGACACAUCAUCCCGCCGGGCCAGAAGCGGGUCGUUUCCGAGGGGCAGUGCAUCGAGGACUGCACCGGCUACGCCUUCCCCCAGCAGGGCAUCAACAUAUUCGCGGUGAUGAUGCGCACCCACCAGAUCGGCAAGGAGGUCAAGUUACGCCAGAUACGACAAACCGAGGAGCUGCCGCCAAUUGCACACGACAGCAAUAUAGAUGUUGCCUAUCAGGACUUUCGACGUUUGCCACAAUCGGUGCAUUCCAUGCCCGGGGACAGACUCAUCGCCGAAUGCAUUUAUGACAGUUCGUCACGAAAGGCAAUUACCCUGGGUGGCCUUACCAUGAAGGAAGAAAGCUGCACGGUGCUGACACUCUACUAUCCACGCCAGAAGAAGCUGACAACGUGUCACUCACUGCCGAGUCUGCCCACAGUGUUGCACUCGCUUGGCAUCGAGCAACUGGCAACCGACUCGAACCCCGUGCUUAUAUCAUCGCCGCCCGAAUUGGCCGGAAUGACACUGGAGGCACGUCUGAUAUCCUACGACUGGGAGAAUCAAUUUGGCGAAUUCCAGGAGGCCACACGCAAGGGCAGCUUCAAGCCCAUUUGCUGGGGGGCCAAGAAUCAUGUGGUGCCGGGCUCCGAGUUCCUCGAGGGCUACAGCAUAAAUGUGACCAAGACGUACAAAAAGCACCGGCGGUGCAAACCAAAGCGGCCCUUGGCCCCGCCCACCGAGCGCACCGCCCCGCCGCCCGCAUCCGACCUCAGCGAGCUACCGGUGCUCCACGAGCUAGACAACAACAACAUCAUCGAGGGAGCGGCGCGGAGCAGUCGCAGCUCGGCGACCGACGUCCACGGCCUGAGCCGCGGGAGCGGUCGCCACUUCAUCAGCUGCCUGCUCUGGCUGGGCGCCUCGUCCUGGUGGCUCCUGCUGAUGCUUAGGACGUGAGGGGAUUGAAAGGGAUUCGGCGGCAGACGAAGCAGCAGCACCACAAGCACCACCGUCUCAAUACACUUAACUAACCAUACAGCUAAAGUACAGAUGAAAAUCAGUGAAAAGCGAAAAUAGGGUACUGAAAUAGCAAACGCAACUCAACUAUAGCUCUCUCUCUAACUACAAAUGGCAUUUCUUAAUCCUACUACAGAUACAGAUACAGAUACAUAUACAGAUACAGAUACAGAUACAGAUUCAGAUACAGAUACAAAUAGAAGCAGAAUGAAAAUGCGGAAAGAGGAAACCAUGAAAUAUUCAUAAUAAGCUAGCGUAUAACAGCUUUUCCAGGCCCGAAGCCCCGUACACCUGCUAGUCCCUAACGCCCAUUCAU